AUGACCGACUACCGUUCUGCCAACGGCUGGCCUCAGCAAUCCGCCAACUACUCCCCCAUUGACACCUCAUUUCAAUGGGACUACGCCGGCGUCCAAUCGCCGAAGAACAUGGUCAGCCACUAUAAUGAUCUUCUGCAACGAGCCGCCGAUUUCUACGCCACACUCGACAACUCCUUCGACAGCAUGUCAUCGUCCGGGUCCGACAGCUCUUACCGAUCAACGCCAGAGCGCCGAGUGUCCCCGACGAGCAGUAGUGUCGUCGCUCAAGUCAAGAGCUCCAUUCCAGACAAGAUCGAGAGAAGACGAGAACAAAACCGCUCCUCGCAGCGAGCAUACAGGGAACGCAAGGAGCGCCACCAGAAGGAGCUCGAAGAGCAGAUCACCCAGUGGCAGCAGAAGCAUCAGCUGCUCUCCCGAUCGUAUUCACAGCAAACCGAGGAAGUCGCUCGUCUAAAGGCUCAAAUUGAGCAACUCAACGGCGAAAUUACCCAGCUCCAGUCUGGCCUGCCCAGCCUGUGCGGCUCAUUAUGCCAGUCGCCCCAAGAGUUCGACUUGGUGCCGUUCUUCAACUCAGAGGCGCUGAGCCCGCAGAGCACUCCUCGGCUAUCGCACUCGUUUCCUAGCAGGCGCAACUCGUAA